CGUACCGUCUCCAUUGGCUCGACUCGAUGGUGGUCGCCUCUCGCCCAAUUUAUUGGAAAAAUUUCUUUGUGUUCUCUGAAUCAUUGUCUAGCACAUGGCAGGUGAAUUUCUUGGGGAGUUUUAUUCACUUGGUCGCUACCAUUUACUGCUAACCACGGCAACACCAGCACAUCACAAAGGCUUGCAGCCAUACUGAAAAUGCUGCUCUCGCCAGAUGGGUUGGUCAAUGGGGCGAGCAACCUUGGUGGCGCCAUGCAUGGUGUACAUGCAGUUCACGACGCUCAUGAAUCUACCAUUGAGUCAUCAGAGGUCAUACCAGUCCAUCCUUUGGGAGUCAAGCCAUUGGGGAAUCAAUAUUUUGCUACUGGUCCAACUGCACGGCAGGCACUGGGUUCUAUUGGCUGCAUGCCGGAUGAGAUGAUCCUACAGUUACUCGAAUAUCUGGAUGCACAGUCAUUAAGAAAUGUGGGCUCCACUUGCAAGUUCUUGAGGGCAUUCUGCCAUUUGGAAGAGCUGUGGAAAGCAUUAUUCCUCGAGUUGCAAACUGCUAGUCCUGGUCCGCCGUCCUGGAAGGGUUCCUGGCGAAGCACCGUGCUGCAGCUCCCAGCUGAAGCGAUAGCCCAGGUAGAAUGCAACAACGUAUUCUCAGAUGUGCUUCACAGGCCCUUUGAAUGCAGUCAUAUAAGGUUGAGCACCUACAUUUCUGACAUCCCCCGGGAAAACCAGAUUACGCGACUCGAAAGUCUCACCCACGACGAGUUCGAACGCAAAUGGAGUGACAAACCGUUUAUACUGGCAAACUAUAUCGAGGCCUGGCCAGUCUAUAAAACUUGGAGUAUUGAUGGGCUGGGGAAACGGUACCCAGACGUCAACUUCAGGGCUGAGGCGGUGGACUGGCCAUUUUCGGCCUAUCGCACUUAUAUGGACAAGAAUGACGACGAGAGCCCUCUAUACUUGUUCGAUAAGGAAUUUGCGGAGAAGACGGGAAUUGAUGUUGGUCAGCAUGAAGGUGCAGCAUACUGGCCGCCCGAGUGCUUUGGCGAAGACUUGUUCGAACUGCUUGCGGAAGAACGACCGGCCCAUCGAUGGUUGAUUGUUGGACCAGAAAGUAGUGGAUCUACUUUCCAUAAAGACCCCAACGCCACCUCAGCCUGGAACGCCGUCAUUCAGGGGUCAAAAUACUGGCUCAUGUUCCCACCCUCUGUGCCUCAGCCUCCUGGUGUGUUCGUUUCGGAAGACAGCAGCGAGGUUACCAGUCCUCUGAGUAUAGCCGAGUAUCUCCUAUCAUUCCAUGCGGAGGCUCGCAAGACCGCAGGGUGUUUGGAAGGUAUUUGCAGGGCUGGUGAAGUCUUGUUCGUACCGAGUGGCUGGUGGCAUCUGGUAGUCAAUAUUGAACCAGGUGUCGCCCUCACCCAAAAUUUUGUAACGAAGUCGCAAAAGCAUCUGACGCAGGUACUGUCUUUCUUGAAGGACAAGCCAGAUCAAGUCACAGGCUUUAGCAGGGAUGUAACCAAGCCCUAUGAAUUGUUCGUCGAGAGGCUCCAAGAGAAGCAGCCGUCGUUGCUCAAUGAGACGCUUCAAGAGAUGGAACGGAAGAGCGCAGGGAGGAAACGGAGAUGGGAAGAAGCAGUUGGCUCAAAUGCAGAGGCUGACAAUGCGUCUGGUGGAUUCAGCUUCGGCUUCGGCGCCGAUGAUGAUGACGAUAUUCCUUAAGAGCUGCCACCGCCGCCGAUCUAGUAGCCAGCACCAGACCUUGCUGAGGAAUCUGCAUCAACGCCCACUAAGCGGCCAUGGAUGUUGGGAUAUGUAUUGAGCGAACUCUGGCAGGUCCAUAGAAUGCAUGCCUGUCUCCUGAAAUAAUGAAUCGCUUACGGGCACGCAACACAGCAGUUCAAGCUCAGCGUCUCAUCGCAAUGUCAGCUUACAGUCGUACACAGUCAGUAUCAGUGUAACGGACAUUCCGCUACCAGGUACUUACAUAAUUGUGG